AUGGCGACAACGAGUUCAUCGAAACCCUCUUCGCAAUCAUUGGCCGAAAGGGGUGUCGCAGCGCUUCCGUCGGGUCUUCAGCCGUUCGCACGACUCAUGCGAUUGGAUAAGCCUUCGGGCGCGUGGCUCCUGAUGUGGCCCGGCUUCUGGUCCGUCUCGUUGGCCACUCAGGCCUCGCACUUGCCAUCGAUGACCACUUUGGCCCUCUUCGGCGUCGGAUCAGUGGUGAUGAGAGGCGCCGGUUGUGUAGUGAAUGACUUGUGGGACAAAGACUUUGACCGACGGGUGGAGCGGACGAAGAGUCGACCGCUCGCUAGCCGUGAGUUGACGCCAACCGAUGCGGUGAUGCUUUUGGGCGGACUGUCGGGCGUCGGACUCCUUAUACUUCUCGAGUUUGACGUGAAUAGUAUUGUUUUGGGCGCGUCUUCGCUAUCACUGGUCGCUAUCUAUCCGUCGAUCAAACGGUUCAGUCAUUGGCCGCAACUAAUGCUGGGAAUGACAUUCAAUUGGGGGGCACUCCUGGGCUGGUCUGUGGUCUGCGACGGCGCCGUCGACUGGACAGCAGUCCUACCGCUGUAUGUGUCGGGCAUUUGUUGGACAUUGAUUUACGACACGAUAUACGCCCAUCAGGACAAAGCCGACGACCUUAUGAUUGGCCUCAAAUCCACAGCCAUUAAGUUUGGCGACCAAACGAAGCAAUGGUUGUCCGGCUUUUCAUUGCUCAUGUGCUCUAGUCUUGUGAUAACCGGUGUUAAUACGGGUCAGUGUUGGCCAUACUAUACGGCGGUGACGAUAACGGCCGCCAAUUUGAUUCAUCAAAUCUCUACACUUAAUAUCAAUGAUUCGGACGACUGUUGGCGUAAAUUCAAGCAAAACACACAAAUCGGUUGGAUUUUGUUUAUAGGAAUCGUUUUAAGCACUUAUCUUAAGAACAGACCAAAUAGUGAUCAAAGAGACAAUUUCAAAGUGAUUAGUGAUAACAGUAAACAACCAUUGAGUUUGAGUUUAUAA